AUCACAGUGGUGCUGGCCUUCCUGGCCACAAAACCAGGGAACAAAGUGAGAAGAUGGUUGGGGAAGGGCUUGGCCAACUCCAUCAUUCUUCUUUGUUCUGCUGGCCAAGUUUUCAUCUGUGCGAUGUGGCUUGGAAUUUCUCCCCCUUUCCCUGACUCUGACUUACACACCCAGCCAGAAGAGAUCAUCCUUCAGUGCAACGAAGGCUCUGUCGUCAUGUUUUAUCUUGUCCUUGGCUAUAUGUGUUUCCUAGCUAUCAUUUGCUUCACAGUGGCUUUCCUGGCCAGGAACCUGCCUGGGGCCUUCAAUGAGGCCAAGCUGAUCACCUUCAGCAUGCUGGUCUUCUGCAGCGUCUGGGUCUCCUUCCUGCCCACCUACCUGAGCACUAAAGGAAAGUUCUUGGUGGUCGUGCAGAUCUUCUCCAUCUUGGCUUCCAGUGCUGGUCUACUGGGCUGCAUCUUCUUCCCCAAGUGCUACAUUAUCAUCCUGAGACCUAAUCUAAACACUAAGGAACAUCUAAUGAUAAAAGUGGGAAACUGA